AUGCUGGAGAGACAGGCAGGAACUCAUCUCAGCCAUGUGAGCACGGUGGUCUCAGCUGGCACCGUGGUCCCAGCUGUCACUGAUCAUCAGAAUCAGCUGGAGCUGUCACGUAACCAGACCCUACUUCACCCCGAGAUGCCGCUUCUAUGGGUCUCAGCUGAGUCCUGUGCAGCUGUGCUUUCUGAAGCUUCAGGGGCUUCUGACAUGCAACUGGGGCUGAGAACCACAGCUAAGAUGAAAAAUCAUACCCUUAAGCCCUUCACCGGGGCAGCGGAGAGGAUCGGGAGGUUUCUGUCAAUAAAGAGUGCAGAUCAAUCAAUACGUUUGGAGCCCGCGGCCCGGCUCAGGGGCGCGCUGUUCCCGGCCAGGCCAGCAGAUGGCAGUGUGGUCCUACCGGGAACCUCUAGCCUCAAAGCUCCUUUCCUCUCCUAUAGCGAGGGAAGUUCUGCGAGUCCUCACGUUUCUUCCUUCCCGGGUAAAUUCAUCUGGAGAGUCAGCCUGUGGGCCGCUGUUCUCAGCCCCAGUUGCAUGUUAGAAGCCCCUGGAGCCCUUUUGAAGAGAUUGCCUGGCUGUUCCGUUAGAAGAUCUCACUGCAGAAGUCGCCAGCAGGCACCUCGCCUCCACAGGACUAGACCUGGACUUUACCUGAAAGGCAGGUGACCACCAGCUGCCUCAAGUGAGCAAACAGGACAUUUUCCGUG